AUGGGCUUCGACCCAUACGCCGAUGCAGUUAACUGUAUCGCUGCGGAGAGCAACGCGGACAAGCGGCGCUCCCCAGUCACCAUCACCGACAGCUUGCGACGCAUCUCCCUUCCGUGCGCAUCACCCCUGGCCCUGUACAAGCGCCUGGUCUUCUCGCACGGAGAGAAUGCUAAACCUUCGGUGAUCCGCAUCAGCACGGCCAUAGAAGCCGUCUUCGCGGUCCUCCUCGUCGCCUCCGUACUGGUCAUCUUAGUCCUGUUCGUCCGCUGGGGUCCCCGCAAGUCCGAGCACUGCACCAGCCCCGCCUGCGACCAGUUCGCCAAGCUCCUGAACGACAGCAUCGACUGGUCCGCGGACCCGUGCCGCAAUUUCGAUGCCUACGUCUGCAGCGGUUGGCACUCCAAACGCAAGUACUCGGUGAGCUUGGAGCUGGUCGUCAGAGCGGUCGACUCCAUGACGAACGUCGUCAGCAAGGGCGUGGUGCACACACCGUCCCCGGGCCAAGACUUCUUGCAGAAGGUCAGCCUCUUCUACCGCUCCUGCGAUAUGGUGUGGCGCGGCGAUCGUGACGAACUCCCUGUGAUCCGCGACUUCCUUCUCCGCGCUGGCAUUGCCUGGCCUCGGAGACCCGCGACGCCUGACGUCCGGCGCACUCUGCUAAGCCUAAGUGUGGAGUUCGACUGGCCGGUCAUCAUCCAGGUAUUCCCAUGGAAGAAGAGUGUGUGGUUGCGCAUACCUCAUUCCUUCAGCAUGGCUCUCGAAGAAAGGGAACUGCUGAGUGAUCGGGAGAGUAGACGGCGCAGCUUCGACUUCCUGAAAGCCCAGUUCUCUGAAGGGGAUUCCGAAGGCGCCGUCGAGUUCAAUGAUACCGACGUAUUGGAGUCGACGUUCUUCCAGCCUCUCGUCGACUUAGCAACAAGCGGUUGGCCCGAAGAAAUGACCGCAAGAAGUCUUGAAAAGAACAAGUGGAUCGAGUUAUUAGAGCAAUGGAACAUGACUUCCUCGCCCUCCUUCGUUACCGAUAGCCCGAAAUACGUGGAGAAAUUUCUCGACCUGUGGAAGCGGGAGGGCGAGGUUCGCACUCACCUCUUCGUCUCUUGGAUGGCGGCCAGGUACGUCAGCCUGUUUGCCAACCGCGAACUCGUUUUCAACUACUACACCACGGCGAACCCCGAAACGAUCAUGUACCUGCACGGACCGCUUUGCUACGCGCUCGUUUACAAGUUCAUCGGAGACUACCUGUUUGUCCCGUACAACGUCCAGGUGUUUCUUCCCGUUCAAGAGGACGUGAAACGCAUUGUUUCGGCCAUCAGAAACCAGUUCGCGGCUCACCUCUCCUCCACGCCACCUUUCUCCAACGAAACUUCCGCGAAGUUCAGGUGGACUUCUCUGGACGUCGUCAUGAAAGCUCUGAACCAAACGGCACACCGAAGCUCGAACGCGAGCAGCGCGGCCGACAAGCUGUUGCCAGACAUGAACAACUCGCUCGCAGAAAACUGGCGCACUGCGUGGCAAACGACUCUAUUCGGGAGAGCAGGCCCGAUUCCGUACACCUUGGGUUGGGAAACCAUCUCCUCGUUGUCCCCGUACACUCGCGUGAGCGACGAUUUUGUCCUAGCGCCGUACGUCCUCUCGUUCCCGCUCUACGAUCCGAACCUCGUGGACGCCGUCAAGUACGGAGCCUUCGGAGCGCUCGUGGCCAGAGCGUCCGCUGAGAUGGCCAUCAAGCACUACGGUGGCGCUGACGCGACGGCACAGGCCGUCGACGACUCGCGGACGUGCGUCAAGGCCACCGACAAGGACGCCACUGCGACGCUGCUCGACUUGGCGUCCUUGAACGUCCUGGUGGACGCCUUCGAAGAGCACGGUUCUCGCGGGACGCUGGCGGUUGGGAAUGGCUUCACGGCAUCGCAGCUGCUGUUCGUCUCCUGGUGCUUCCAGAAGUGCCGAGGACGCUCACGGGAUCUGGGCGACAAAUGCAACGCGGCCGUUCGUCAUGUGGCCGCUUUUAGCUCGGCAUUUGGCUGCUCCCAGAGCGACCCACUGAAUCCCGAGAAAAAAUGUCACUUGUUUUAG